GCGCAACACGUUCGGACGACGAACACUAGGGAUCUCGACCAAUCUAUAAGGCACUUUGAACGUGCGGUUGAUCUUUGCGCCAUAGAUCAUCCAUGCUGCUCUGCAGCACUGUUCAAUCUAGCUUCUGUGAAGUUUGUUAAUUGCCAAGUUAAUGGACUGUACCUCGACCACAACAUCCCCACCUCUCUUUUUCAACACGCCUUUGACUUGCGUCCGACUGGUCAUCCUGACCGACCGAUCACUCAACUCUGUCUCGCCAUUGCUCUGCUGUCCCGCUUCACGAGCUCGACGCUUACAUGUCCGCGACACAAUGUCAUGAAGGAUUUUCCAGGUACACUUGCCGUGGAUGCUGCGUCAUGUGCACUUCGUAGCGGUGAUCUCGGCAACAAAUUUGACUCUUGCUCACCUCGAAGGGUCUUGAUUGCUUCUGCGCACGGCCUUGACGAAGAUGAUGUCGAACGGUAUCGGACGGAGUUACAAGAGUGUCCUCCUGGCCAUUCUGAUCGAUCUACAUCUCUUAGCAACCUUGCCAACAGCCUUCGAAACAAAUUUGAGCGGCAAGGCGCCCUGUCUGACUUGGAUGAGGCCAUUGAGCUCCAUCGAGCUGCACUGGAGCUCCGUUUCCCUGGUCAUUCUGAUAGAUACAUGACCCUCAACAAUCUUGCCGUCGGCCUUAAAUGCAGAUUCGGGCAACGGAGUAUCCCAUCUGACCUGGAUGAGGCUAUUGAGCUCCAUCGAGCUGCACUGGCACUCUGCCCCCCUAGCCACACCGAUCGAUCUGCAUCUCUGAACAAUCUUGCUGUCAGCUUGCAAGACAGGUUCAAGCAGCGGGGUGUCCGAUCUGACCUGGAUGAGGCCAUUGAGCUCCAUCGGGCUGCAUUGGAGCUCCGUCCCCCCGGUCAUUCUGACCGAUCCGCAACUCUCAACAAUAUUGCCAAUAGCCUUCAAGAGAGAUUCAAGCAGCGGGGCGUCCAGUCUGAUCUUGAUCGGGCCAUCGAGCUCCAUCGAGCUGCGCUGGAGCUUCGUCCCCCCGGUUGUUCUGACCGAUCCGCGUCUCUCAACAAUCUUGCCAAUAACCUUCAAGAAAGAUUUAAGCAGAGGGGCAUCCCAUCUGACCUUGACGAGGCCACCGAACUCCACCGAGCUGCACUGCAGCUCCGUCCCCCCGGCCAUUCUGGCCGACCAUCGUCUCUCAACAACCUUGCAAACAUGCUUCGAGAAAGAUUUGAGCAGCAGGGCAUCCUGUCUGACCUGGAUGAGGCCAUUGAGCUCUAUCGAGCUGCACUGGAGCUCCGUCCCCCCAGUCAUUCUGACCGAUCUGCGUAUCUCAAUAAUCUCGCCAAUAGCCUUCAAGAGAGAUUCAAGCAGCGGGGUGUCCAGUUUGAUCUUAAUCAGGCCAUCGAGCUCCAUCGGGCUGCGCUGGAGCUUCGUCCCCCCGGUUGUUCUGACCGAUCCGCGUCUCUCAACAAUCUUGCUAAUAGCCUUCAAGAGAGAUUUAAGCAGAGGGGCAUCCCAUCUGACCUUGACGAGGCCACUGAACUCCACCGAGCUGCACUGCAGCUCCGUCCCCCCGGUCAUUCUGACCGAUCCGCGUCUCUCAACAAUCUUGCCAAUAGCCUUCGGGACAGAUACUCUCAGCGAGGCAUUCUAUCUGACCUCGAUGAGGCCAUUGAUCUCCAUCGAACUGCACUGGAGCUCCGUCCCCCCGGUUAUUCUGACCGAUCCGCGUAUCUCAACAACCUUGCCAAUAGCCUUCGGGACAGAUACUCUCAGCGGGGCAUCCCAUCUGACCUUGAUGAGGCCAUUGAUCUCCAUCGAGCUGCACUGGCGCUCCGUCCACGCGGCCAUCCUGAUCGAUCCAUGUCUCUCAAAAAUCUUGCCAUCAGCCUUCGAGACAGAUUCCAGCAGCAGGGUUUAUCAUCAGAUGUGGAUGAGGCCUUCGGGCUUUAUUUCCAACUCUCCAAUGUGUUUUAUGCAGCCUCUCGUAGUGAUAUCCAGGCUGCCAGGUCAUGGGUCGCUUCCGCUGAGCAGUUGAGGCAUGGCUCUGCAUUGAUGGCUUAUCAGACGACACUGAGAUUUAUGGAUCAGCACGUUGCCGGUGUGCCAUCUCAACACCAUUUUGAUCUGUUCAGGGAGGCCACGUCAUCCCUUGCAACGGAUGCUUUCUCGUGCAGCGUUCGUCGCGGUGCUUUAACGACUGCUGUGGAACUGGUGGAGCAGGGUCGUUCAGUAUUCUGGACACGGUUGACAAGCUUUCACACACCAUUGGACGAACUUUCCGUGUUAGGUGGCACCGGGGAGGCCUUGGCGCAAGAGUUCACCCGACUCAGCCUUCGCCUCCCUAACUCGCUAGACGCGUCUACUGAAGACCAAUCCCCAGAGAUUCAACAACUGAUCAUGGAAUGGGAUGAUGUCAUCACCCGCAUCCGCAUGCUGCCUAAAUUUUCUCGGUUCCUCCUGCCUCCCCUGUUCUCUGACCUGCAGGAAGCGGCAGCAGAAGGUCUGGUCAUUAUUCUCAAUGCCAGCCAAUAUAGCUGUGACGCCUUGAUCAUCCUGAGUUCUCGGGAUCCCGUCCAUGUUCCACUUGAUAUCGGACAAGCCGAGGUUGCCGAGUUGUCCUCCGAGUUCAAAUCCCUCACAGACCGUGUUGGCACUUCUGAUCAUCAACUUGAAUACAAGAUUGUUGGCGUCCUACGCCAGCUUUGGGAUCAUGUCGUUGACCCAAUAGUUCGGGCUCUCAGGGAGCUUUCGAUUCACCGUCGCUCACGCAUCUGGUGGUGUCCUACUGCUGAGUUCACGCUCCUUCCCCUCCACGCCGCAGGGCCGUACGCACAAGACAAACACAAUUUGUCACACUUUUACAUCUCCUCUUACACCUCAACUCUGGCGGCACUUAUUCGCGCGAGGCAGCAAGCUCGUGAAGACGCAUCUAUUCAGCAGUUUGCCGCCAUUGGUCAAGCAAACCAGAACAUAGGAGAGGAACUUCUGCAUGUCGAUGCUGAGCUAGACGUUGUCGCUCAGUGCCUUGCACCCCUCCUAUCCCUCACUCCACCCAGCCUGUCCUUCACACGACAUGACAAUGCAACAGUGCAACAUGCAUUGGAUGCACUAAGCCGAAAUCAAUGGCUUCACCUGGCUUGCCAUGGAAUGCUGGAUCGAAUACAACCGUUCGAUUCUUCCUUCGCAAUGCGCGAUGGGCGGUUAACCAUCAGGGACAUUGUCCGAUCUCGCUCGCAGAAUCCAGAUUUUGCGUUCUUAUCGGCUUGCCACACUAGCGUGGGCGAUGAGUCGAACACUAAUGAGGCGAUCCAUCUCGCUGCAGCGAUUCAAUUCUCCGAAUUUCGCAGUAUCAUCGGCCCCAUGUGGUUUGUUGACGACGAUGUUGCACAUCAGGUUGUUUCUGCCUUUUAUCUCAACCUGGUGGAUGGUCCAGGAAGGUUGGACUGCACACGGGCUGCGGUAGCGUUGCACAAGGCUGUGAAGUCGUUGCGCAAGAAGAUUCCACUGGAACAGCAGAUCGUGUUUGUUCACGUAGGUGUUUAGUGAGAGAGUGACUCGAUUGACCUCAUUCUCAUUGUCGCAUUUUCUUCCUUUCUUCCUUUCUUUCUGUCUGGUUACUUUGAUUCCCUUGCUUUCCUGCCGCACGAUACUCAAAUUGUUGCUGUAUUUUGUACCAGUACUUCUACACCGCCUAGCUUGGGCAUACAUGACCGCAAUCUAUAACCCUGGUACCGUCAUUUUCACUAGUAGCUUCCGCACAGUCAAUCACUCUGCCACAUAACUACCAAUACUGUAGGUGAAUUCAACUUUAGUGGCAAAUGACUACGUGACGAG